CUUCUGCUGUCUUCUGCUGGACCUUGUUGCCCCGGGAUGGAUCGGCGGCUCCGCAUGCACCCUUGUUAUACAGCCGCAGUGAGAGUGGAAACAUGCCAGUCGCGCAGACAAGACUCACGAGAGAACCUGUGAAGCAUUGCUCAGUGUCUCCCUCCAGAUUUGAAUCGCAUUCACUACCUUGUUUUUCGCUCGCUGUGAACACUUUAGACAGGAAGAAAGAUGCUGCCAUUCGUAUAGGCAACUAGGGUGCGUCCCGAGUUCUCCGGUCACGAAGGAAUCGUUGCAUGCGUAGAUGCAGUCUUGCGGAACUCGAGCAAGGCGCGUCAGCGCUUCGUUGUCUCCUCUCAGUGUCGCAGCUUUCGUCCAAGGAGCUUGUCACGACUCCUGCGCUCCAGAUGCACUUGGUAAAAACGAAGAAGAGAGAUAUGAAUGUGACUUUUCGUGCUAUUGUGGUCCCUGGGUGACGGCGGGGGGUCGUCGAAGUCGUCUCUCUCGUCUCCGCGUUCUGACGAAGUGGAGACACGGCAAACUCGGGAACAGAAUCAUGUCUCCUCUCUGUAUUAUAUUGGAUGUGUUUCCCGUCAGGUCUCUGCAUUCUGCAGCCGUGGUUCUGGGGUGCUCUGUAUCGUUUGUGCCUCCAUCUGUGCGUCGAAGACGACGCUCGCUCACCUGUGUUUGACGCUGAAGAAUGCCGGAUGAGUCCAGCGAAACGUGCCUGCUUUAUCGGCCGGCGCCUCUGCAUUUCACGGCAGACCAUGCUGGGGCCAUCCAGAGUUCUCUAGCAUCCAGCCUGGGCAUCGAAUGUGUCUGGGUUGGCGGCAGAAGAGGGGAAACGCGCAUGAGGAACCGAUCUUUCUGAGUUCGCUAUUGACUUUUCCGCACCCUCGUUUCUCGACUCGAGUACGAGAGAUGGCGAGAAACGGAGCGGGACUGGCAGCUCGUGCGCGCGCCGUUCCAGGCCGUUCCGUGUUGUUUAGAACUGGUUUUUCUUCGGUUGCCGCUAGUGGAGUUUCUCCGUUCUCCGCAAGUGGUAUUGCCCGUUUUUCGACGGCUCUCUGCGAGAACAGGAAGUACCUCUCUCGAUAUUGUCGGUUUUCCCGACUGUUCGCCAGUUUUUUGUGCUUGGUCACUUCUGUUUGUGGCGUCUGGCUGGCGACUGCACCCCUGGCGUCCUGUUUUGGAGGCUUAAGCCGAGUGAUGUACAGACACCCCAGCGGAGUUUUUUCUCCACGAUUUCACGCGUUUUCGUCACGACCCGUCGCCUUCUCAGAUGUGCAUUUUUUCGACCCGGCGGUCAAACCGGCGUUUCCCGAAGCGCAAAGACGCUCCGACACUCUCGGCGCGUCGUCGGAUCCGCGUUCCCGUCCGCAGAUAAAUCGUAAAAACGGCAGAUUGGAGCGCACAAGCGUCGCCCGUUCUCUGGAAGAGGUUCCCUGCUCUGCUCCGGACCUGUUCACGCAGGAGUCGACAUCUGAGCAGCUUUCCAGUAUACGCAGCCCGGCCUUUUUUCCAAACAGAAGGCAGUUUUAUCGAAAUUCUGUGUCGCCUCCGUGUGUGUCAUCUUUCAGCCACAAUAAUCUGCUCCACCCUGCUUUUCUGUCGUUUCCAUCUCUACAAUGUUGCCCGCAAAGUGGGCAGCAGCGCCGCCCGACAAAGGCGUCUCGCGUAGCACGGCAAACAGGUGGCAGUCGAGUGCUGGGGGAGUCGCGCGGCGGUGCGCGCAGGUCAUUUCUUUCGAGAUUCGGAAUUAGCGGAGGAACCUGGGAAGCGAAGAAUGCUUCCGUCCACGCUGUGCCGCCAGUAGCUUUUGUGCAGGCAACACACACAAGCGUCCCAAACCGCAGUGCCUUCGCGGGGAACUUUUUCCCUCGCGGACUCCGCGCGGGAUUUUCUGAACGGGAGGGUCGCUCGUUUCUGCGCAACUCACGGCACAUGGUUUCUGGUGUGUCCGCGAACGCCAGCGACCACCAGCACCGGCGGCAGGACCGCGAAAACGUUCGCGAUAGGGAGUGCAUCGUAGUGGAUUGGAGUGACCGCAUAGUUCCGUACGACCUCGCCUGGCGGCUACAGCAAGUGAUCGUCCAGCUGCAGCUGCUAAGACUGAAUAGUAGUUUGUACCCUUUAUCAAGCCGCCCUGAAGACGAAGCAUCCGUUAGUUUCCACAUGCACGAACACGCCAGCCAGCGUAGUGUAGAGAGAAAUGAGAACUCUUAUCUAAAGCGUUGGCCGGAAGUGAGACAGCCUGCCCAAGGGCGCUUGCCCUGCGACUACGUUAUUUUACUGCAGCACUCUCCUGUGUACACGCUUGGGCAGGGGGGAACCCCCGCAAACAUUCUGUUUGAAAGCAACGUAAGAACUCUGCAGCUGUCUGAGGGUUAUGUGGAGGAAAUGCGCACUAUCAACGGGUGCUACCGGCUGCUCUCGCGGCUUUUUCAAGAGGCAGAGGAAGCUGCGGCUCCGGGGGCGCGAUUUGUCUCAAGCAGUGAAGCCGGCAGAAAAAACGGUGAGGGAACGGCUCUUCCCGGUGGCAAGAUUUUCGUUGAAACACCCCAACAAGUAGAAUUGGGAGAGGGCUCGGGGCGCAGCGCUGCUUCGGAAGAGAGCGCAGGACGCGAGUUUCAGCAGAAGGAACCGGAUGAGGGACGGACAGACUCUGCGCCAGGAGUAAUGCGACAGAGAGCACUCGCCUGGUGCGAGGAAGCUCCGACAGUGUGGAGAGUGGAGCGUGGCGGCGAGGUGACUUACCAUGCUCCGGGACAGCUGGUCGUGUAUCCGCUGUUAGAUCUGCGCUACCACGCGUGUGACCUACGGUGGUACGUUCAUUCUUUGGAACAGGUAGCCAUCAACGCGAUCGACAGGCUUUUCUGCAGCGGCCAGCUAGUGGAAAAGGCGGCGAAUCUCGGCGAGGGCACAAAAAAUCAGGCGGGGCUUGUCGGAGUGGAGAGUUCCACGCAGGAUGUAAGGCCGCCGUUGACGACAGCCGAGGAAGCGCAGAACGAAAAGACAACGGAGGGGAGACAGCUUGGACAGAGAAGGCCUGGGACCCCUGGAGUGUGGCUGCACGGUGAAAAAGUGUGUGCCAUUGGUGUCAAAGUGAAGCGGUGGAUCACGCACCACGGCCUCGCUCUGAAUGUCUGCACAGAUCUCUCGGGGUUCCGCAAAAUCGUGCCGUGUGGCCUCAAAGAAUCUACGACGGGCAGACUAAAAGACUCCUGGUGUUUUGAGCAGAGGUGGCGAAAGCGUGGGGAAGAGACGGAGAGAGGCGGAAAGCCCAACAGAACUGAAGGUUCUUGCGAUGCCUCCGACGUCAAGUGGGAGAGUGACGAGGUAUCAAGCGACAACAGAGGACACACGCAGUUGGACGCGCAGGACCAAACAGAAACGCAAGAAGGAAAUCGAGAACCGAAUGAUGCAGAACUCAUGAAGCAGGUCGCGCGCAUCGUGAAAGAAGAAUUCUCUAAGGUCUUCUCUCUCAAGCUCGUCGACAGCCAGGGCUCUGGCCAUACUGCGCUCUUCAAUAAUUCAGUGGUCUAACUUUGUCUGUUGAUACUCCACAAACCAGGUGGCUACACUGGAGUCAAUUCUUUUUGUUCUCUGUUGAGGCUGUCCGUGUUCGACCUCUCUGAAACAAAGGGAGUGGUGCCAUCUGAAAUCGUGUCGUCUUGAGAAAUGUCACUGGAUAAGGGAGCCUAGCCCUGGCGACUCAAAACCUCAACAGAAAAGACCGUCUGGAAACCUUCUCAUGGCAACCUGUCUGGAAAUCUGGAAGCAUCUCACAUGCGAAGAUACUGAUAGAUAAGUCAGUGCGGUUUCCGAGGUCGUAUUGCGAGGGUACACCCGAAGUCAGAGGUCCCGAACAAAUUACAGGCAGGCGCACGAUAUCCGAACACGACUGUUUUCUUUACCCACCAUUUGCUGGCUUGUUUUGUCGUACACGCUGUUUAGUCUGAACGGGAGACAGAUGCAGCUCUGUGAAUUCCAGAGUGAAACCCUCUUAGCAUACUGUUGCUGCCGGAGUUGUUAGGUCUUCUUAAUGGCAGUUCAUUUUGCACCGCUGGAGUGCUGCGAUUGCACAGCUAGUGCUGAAUUUCGUCUUCAGUCCCGAUUUUUGUCGCUUCCCAGAUAGGGAACCAUACGGAACUGUGGCAUCCUCAAAGCCGGAGAGGUUUUGAGCCAUUCCGCUGUGGUGUAAAGAAGGUAACGGUCGAGGGGCAUUUGGUAAGUGUUGGACGUUUCCCAAACUCUAUGGCGUGUGUUCAUUGUUCUGCAGACGUUGGUCGGUUUGCCAUUACCACUGUAGCGCUCUGUUCUAGGCCGG